AUGAUUUACUCUGCAUUCACUCUCCAAAAAAGAUCAAAGACAGAACCCGAUAAUACAAUUGUUGGGACUCCCUUCAACAAUCCUUCAAUAUCUAAUGUAAUAUUAUAAUUUAGUCCUUUAGGAUUAAAAAACAUAAAUAUCAUAAGUAUACAAAACUAUAUAACUAAUGAAUCAAAGUCCUCGAAUUAAUAUUAAAUAUUCACAGAUUAAAAUUGUACUAGCCAUUAAUUCAAUCUUCAACCUAAUAUCAAAACAUCGAUCAACAAAAAUUUAAAAAUAUACACUAAUUUUAUUCCAAAAUCUAUCAAAUUAUAAAAGGGCCACGAAUGCACAAAAUUAUGAAAUUUAAUGCCAUAGGCAAUUAUAAUAUUUUCAAGGUAUGUCUAAAUUAUUAAUAAAUACUGUUUAAAUUAAAAAGGAAUAUUUAUUUAAUGUACGUCAUCAACUUGUAAUGAAGAGGAAGCUUAGUAAAGUAUUUAAUAGAAUUGACAAUUAAAUUUAUCAAAGUAAACUUAUGGUUAUUUUAAAACUUUUGUAAUAAUCUAAAAAAGAUAGGAGUCUUUUAGAUAACCUAAGCUACUAUUAUUGCAAAAAAUAGGUAACACACUAAGAAAAUAUGGCAAUAAAAUUUGCAAGCUCGACUUAAAUUGCAACAGCCAUUAAUAAGAUAGUUUUGAAACAUCAAAUUAGAUUUUUCAUAAAAUUGAUUAAAUCAAAUAAAUUAUAAUAAUCAAUCAAAUAAAUUUAAUUGGGAGAAAGCCUUCCAUUUAAUAAUAGGAAAGUUGUAGUUGGAGAAUUUGAACUAGUUGAAAGAAAAUUAAAUAGUAUAUGCCUUCUCAAUUCAGUAAUAAAGAAGAAAUUGCAAAACUAUUUUUUCUCUUUAAAAUUAUAAGAUGUAAAUAAUUCCAAAAGGAAAGUAAGCAUUAAAUCAUCACUUCUUAAUUCUAGUUCUUCAGUUUUAAGAAAAUUUAUGAGACAAGGAGAGAGCAUAAUUGAAUUAUACUCAUCAACUAAUGACACUGAAUAAAGUAAAAAGGACUAUGAACAGGAGGAAAUAGUUUUAAAUAAGAAAAAAACUCUAUGUUAAACUUAACAUCCUGAAUCUCUGAUUAAGAAGCGGAUCUCUAUAAGUAUAUAAUAAAAUCUAUUGAUUUAGUUCAUUUAUCUUAAAAAAAUGACUUUAAUAGAAAGUAAUCUUUAGAACUCAAGACAACUAAAAUUUCAAAGUAGAAAUCAAUAUUUUAAUUGAUUGUUCCAAUUUUUUUAAUUGUAGGAGUUCUAGCAAUAUUCAUAAUGUUUCAAUGA